UACAUAAUUAGCCUCUGUUACUUUGUUAUUAAAAAUAAUUAUUAAGUAAUAAGUAUACAGAACGUAAAAAUCAAUCAAUAUUAAGGAAUAAAAAAUGUAUUUAUUGUAUUAGUUAACAGGAGUCAAGGAACUUUGCAAGAAUACGACCUAUUUUCCCGACGAGAGAAAUAUUAUUCCUUUAUACUGUGCAAGGCAAGCAACAAGAUUGAUAGAAAAAUGCAAAACAUAGCAAAAAUGAUAACAGAGCAACUAAGAAAUCCCAGUGAGUUAGAUAUCAGCUUGAGGAUGGAAUUUGGGCCAUUUGAAACAGUUCAUAAAUGGAAAAGGAUGUCUGAAUGUUAUGAAUUUGUAGGGGCAAGACGAAGUAAGCACACAGCAGUAGCAUAUAAAGACGCAAUAUAUGUAUUUGGUGGAGACAAUGGGAAGUCUAUGUUGAAUGAUCUGAUUAGAUUUGAUAUAAGAGAGAAGUCUUGGACUAAAACUGGAGGCAUGGGGACGCCACCAGCCCCAAGAUAUCACCAUUCAGCUGUAGUGCAUAGAUCUUCAAUGUUUGUGUUCGGUGGAUACACCGGGGAUAUAUUGGCCAAUUCUAAUCUGACAAAUAAAAAUGAUCUCUUUGAAUACAAAUUUCAAAGUGCUCAAUGGGUACAAUGGAAAUUUACUGGCCAAGAGCCUGUGCCUCGUUCUGCACAUGGAGCAGCUGUGUAUGAUGAUAAAUUGUGGAUAUUUGCCGGCUAUGAUGGUAAUGCGAGGUUAAAUGACAUGUGGACUAUAAAUCUAGUGGGUGAAAAUCAUCAAUGGGAAAGGAUAGAACAAAAAGGUGAAUGUCCACCCACCUGUUGUAAUUUCCCAGUUGCUGUGGCCCGUGGGAAGAUGUUUGUUUUCAGCGGACAAAGCGGUGCUAAGAUCACCAAUGCACUGUUCCAAUUCGACUUCGAGACGCAUACUUGGAGUCGUGUAUGCACCGAACACCUGCUACGUAGCGCUGGACCAGCUCCCGCCCGCCGAUACGGUCACGUGAUGCUGCACCAUGCGAGACAUCUCUACGUAUUCGGCGGCGCCGCUGACAGUACUCUGCCCUCCGACUUGCACUGCUACGACCUUGAUACGCAGAUGUGGUCCGUUGUACAUCCGGCGCCGGAUUCUCAAAUCCCUUCCGGUCGGCUAUUCCACGCAGGUGCGGUGGUGGAAGACGCCAUGUACAUUUUCGGCGGCACCGUCGACAACAACGUGCGGAGCGGCGAUCUGUAUAGAUUUCAACUCUCCAACUAUCCCCGUUGCACUUUGCACGACGAUUUCGGACGGAUUCUUCGGUCGCAGCAGUUCUGCGACGUGACGCUGCUGUUGGGUGGCGACCAGGUCGCGUUUUACGCCCACCAGGCUAUGCUGGCCGCUCGUUCGCAAUACCUACGGAUCAAAAUAAAGGAAGCCAAAGAGGAUCUAGCGAGACGUAUCGCCGCUGGUGAAGAAGAGGCUGCCGAGGAGUUCUCAUACAAAUCAACGCCUCAGUUGACUGUGAAGUUACCAGAAGCUACCCCAGAAGCCUUCAGGAUGGUACUGAAUUAUAUUUACACAGACAGGAUCGAUCCAACAGAAAAGGACGAGAACCCGGCAUCGCCCGCCACCAUCUUGCUAGUGAUGGAAGUUCUACGGCUGGCACUGCGUCUGAACAUACCACGUCUCAGAGGUCUCUGCGCACGUUUCCUCCGAGCUAAUCUCUGCUACAGCAACGUCCUGCAAGCACUGCACGCUGCCCACCACGCUAACCUUAUCUGCAUAAAGGAAUACUGUCUCAGAUUCGUGGUCAAGGAGUACAACUUCACAGCGAUCGUGAUGUCGUCGGAGUUCGAGCAAAUGGACCAGCGUCUGAUGGUUGAAGUGAUAAGACGGAGACAGCAGCCGCUCCAUAAACUGACUGCCAACAACGAGCACGAGGAGGAGGUCGUCGGUACAACGUUAGAACAGGAUAUGUGUGUGUUAGUGAGCGGCGGUGGACACGAACUGGCUGAUGUCAAGCUGAGGGUAGGGUGUGCUAUGAGACCAGCUCACAGGUCGAUACUGGCCGCCAGGGCUUCCUACUUUGAAGCCAUGUUCAGAUCCUUUUCACCGCAGGACAAUGUUGUUAACAUCCAAAUAUGUGACACGGUACCGUCGGAGGAAGCGUUCGAUUCACUACUAAGGUACAUCUACUACGGCGACACCAAUAUGCCUACAGAAGAUUCACUCUAUCUAUUCCAGGCGCCUAUAUACUAUGGUUUCACAAACAACCGACUGCAGGUGUUCUGCAAACAUAAUCUGCAAAGCAAUGUCACUCCGGAAAAUGUGGUCGCUAUCCUACAAGCGGCGGACAGAAUGAGGGCAGCCGACAUUAAAGAAUACGCCCUCAAAAUGAUCGUACAUCACUUCCAACUGGUAGCUCGUCAGGAAGUUAUCAAGAAUUUAGCCCAGCCCCUACUAGUGGACAUUAUCUGGGCUCUAGCCGAGGAACCUCAGGCUGAUACACCGCUGCCCUUACAGCCACGAUCGCUUCCAUCGUCGUCCUCAGCAGACACUCUCACCGACGACCCUGAUUAUAUCAAACACAAAAACAAUAAAUGAAGGUCAAUCCGGAAGAGGUCGGGAAGCGGGCAAUGGAUAUAGAGACCGCCCCCUCCCGAGUCCUCAACCGUCAACAGAUUCUAAAUAUUAUGAAAAUAUCACAACAUACCAAUGGAAUUUCUUAUGACUUUAUCAUUGCGGUUAUAAGUGUGAUAAAUUUACAAGCAAUUUUGUCUAUUGACAAUAUCAGCUCAUAUAAAAGCUAUAUGAUAUCGGACAAUGCCUUUAUAAUGUGCACAUUAUAAAUGUGUGUCCAGUAGUAUAAUCCUCAAUAUAUUAAAAGAAAUGUGAGAUGAAAUUCUAAAUUUACACUAUACAUUUAUUUGUUUGUAGAAUAUAAUUUAACAUUACCAAAGUAAAUUAUCUAUAAAAAAAUCAUAAAUUUAAUAAAUUAUUUAAUUUAAGAAAAAUAUUCUAAAUUAGUAUUAACUUUACAAAUGAGAGAUUCUAAAUAUUUAUAAGUUAAAUAAUCACUCAAAUAGUUCUAAAUUAAUAUAGAAUAUAUUAUAUUAAGGCAAUAAAUUAUUUAUAAUGGAACUUAUAUUUUGUCCAAGAAAUAUUUCUUUUAUAUUGUUGUUAAGAAUUAACUGAGCCAUAAUUAGUUUAAAAUGUAUGCUCCGAAGUCGCUUUAACACAAAAUUGUGUAUCUAGAAUGAGACUUAAAAACUAUGUCUUUUAAAAAAGAUUGUGCAAUUAAAAAUCUAAACUUUUAUGGAAUUGAAUUUAGUUGUUUUUGUUAGCUUUACAAAGAUAUUAUAGAAUAAAUGUAAAUAAUAAUAUCGCAAAUUGUACUUUCGCAAUAAAAUUCAGAUUGUAUACAGAUUGACAAUAAUGCAAAGUAUAAACGUACCUUACUAUUUACUUGGCAAUACAGAAUACCAAUAAAAUAUAGCAAUACAGAAUACAAUAAAUUUUUAAGAAAAUAAAAUGUCGGUUUUUAAAUAAAAGAGUAUUGUAAAUGUUAAGGAGAUUUAAUCAAAUUAACAUUAUAAUUACUAAUAAAUUAAAUUGAUAUAACACAUUUUGUAUAUAUUUUAUUCAUACUUGUGUUUGAUGUCCUUCCAUAGUUUCUGAAAAAAAAAAAGCAUAUGGUCAGAGGUGACGAUUUCAGUCAGCUGGAAAAUUACGUGAGGCUAAAAAUGUUGUUAAAUAGCUACAUCUAUUACUGUUUUCACAUUGACACACUAAACUUGUUGUGAACAGAUGAAGUGAAAGGUUAUAUUUCUUGAAAUUCACUGUUGUAUUAAUAAAAGGGAUGAUGGGAUGAAAAACCCUUAGAAAUAAAUAAUUAAUUAAUAUACGAUGGUAAAACCAGACUAUAAUGAAACUUAUCAAGUCAUAGAAAAUUACAUAAUACUUACGCCCUUGUUUACGCUUUCGAAGAUUGAUACCGAUAUUACUUCGAAAGCUCUUUCGAAGAAAAAGGCUCCGCCCGUAACUGCUACAGCAAAAGUAGACGUUUUCUUAAAAACAUUACGAUUUAACGUGGCCCAAAGCGACAUUUUGAUGAUUUUUCGAGAAUCCGACUCUGA